CGUGUUUCCAAUAUGGCUGAAGAAGAAACACUUGGAAUUGUACAGUUAGUCGUAAUUUUAGUAGUCACAGUGUUGUUUGGAGGAAUCUUGAUUGCUUUUGUGUUCUUUUUGGGAAGAAAGGAGAGAUAUACAUCGGAAAAUGAUAAAUCUAGCUCCAAUAUUAAAGUUGAAGAGCUAAAACCCCCCAAAGAACAAUACAAUAAAGUUGACAUUUCAAAAAGAACUUCCUCGAAAAGCUCUAAGCGGACAAAUGCAGUUGUUGACCACCCCAAGCAGUUUUGUGUAUUGAAAGGACACACUUCUGAUGUUCAUCACAUCGAGUUUUCAUCAAAUGGAAAACAUUUAGGUUCUACUUCUUCAGACAGAACAAUAAGACUGUGGAGUGUAAAAAGCUUUAAUGACAAAGAGCACAAGUACAUACGUUGUAAUGUUGAUGGGGAUCAUGCCACUAAAAUCAACCUUACUCAAGAUGCAAGAGCGUUUAUCUCCGCUCUGUCAAAUGGCAAUAAAAUAAGGGUUUUCAAGGUUCAGAAAAAGACAGAUGGUACAGGAAAUAUUGUGAGUGGUGAUUUUGACUUUCCUCAAGAACAUAAAGCCGAUAUAAUUAAUGUUGGUGUCUCAGCUACUGGGAAAUUCAUCAUGUCCUGUUCAAAUGAUACAACCAUUAUUAUAUGGACCUUAAAAGGUGAAGUUUUGAACAUAAUAAACACGAACCAGGUGAACAACAGUUUUGCUUGUAUUUCUCCGUGUGGGCGUUUUGUUUCCUCUGCAGGAUUCACAUCCGACGUGAGAUUGUAUGAAAUUGAAUUUAGUAAAGGCGGAGAAUUUAUACAAGUAUCUCGAGCUAUGGAUCUUAAAGGACACAGCGCUGGUGUUUAUCAUUUUAGCUUCUCUGCAGAUUGUACAAGAAUGGCUACAGUAUCCAAAGAUGGAACGUGGAAAAUUUGGAAUAUUGAUGUGGAGUACAAGAAAGGUGAAGAUCCAGUGUUAUUAUCAACUGGCUACUUUUCUGGACAUCAUAACGAAAUGUUAAUAGCGAUCUCUCCUGACGCUUACAUCGUUGCUAUAAGCAUGAGUCGCUCUAUCGGAGUGUUUGACACAGUUACGGGAGAGCUUGUGGAGCUAUUGGAGAAUAUACAUUCUGAUAACAUUAGCUCACUUUCGUGGCAUCCGUCAUCACAUUUCUUUGCUUCUGCUGGAGGCACGGAUAGACACAUUCGCGUGUGGCAUAAUACCGCUGGCAUGAAGGCUCAGAUUCGGGAUUUAGAAACGCAGUUGAAGAAAGCAAAGACGGAAAGUGUUAAGGUGCGUCUUGAACGUAGAAUUUUAGAAGCAAGAACAACAUUGGAGAAAAUGUCUUCUUAAUUUGGCAAACUGCCCCAUAUCAUACAUUAAACUAGGGAAAUAAAAUUUAAAUUAUUCAAGAA